AUGAUGGAUCGUCAUCAGCAACAGACCUAUUCCAACGACCCGGAGGUGGUACCAGAGUCCAAUCUAGAAUCAGUGCCUUACCGGCUGGCAGAAUCAGGUCCGCAAAAGGAGCAAUACACAGCUUCAAGUCAGCAGCACGACACGCGACACGGUGCCCCGGUCUGGGCUCCUGGCUUUAAAGAUGCUUCGAAAACAGGGAGUGGGAAGACAAGGCUCAUACUGAUCGGAAGCGCCAUACUGAUAGCGAUCGUUUCGGGAGUGAUCGGGGGAAUCGUGGGGUGGCACGUCACGGAGAACCGUCUCAGGGGCACCUCCACAAACACCGAAGGCAACGCCGGGUCUACGAGCGCAGAUACGGAUUCCGGAACGUCGUCCUCGUCGGGAUCAGGCAGCACGUGUCCUUCCAACGGCACGGUGACGUCGGCCAGCGUUGUCCGGAACGGCACCGCUCUCGCGGCCACCGGGUGGCGAUACGGCGACGAGCACGUCAUUUGGCUGUACUUUCAGGGCAGUGAUGACACCCUGAAGUACGUCGUAUACGACACGAUGUAUGGGGCCUGGGCAGGGCCUACGAUGCUGUCUCUCGCGCACGGCGCCGUCGGCGGCACCGCGCUCGCGGCGACAACGCUGCUGUGGGCCAGAAGCACUGGCGCACCACCUGAGCCGCAACCGCAGCUUGUGUAUCAGGAUACUUCUGGAACAUUAAAGGGAGUCGCUUGGAGACCUGGCUGGCCCUCCGAAGGUACCGGUACCAAGUUAGACGACGCAGACUUCUCCGCCACAAGCAAGAGUGCACUUGCCGGCUUCACCCCUAGUUUCUACCUCCAGGAAGGUGACGGCUCCGUAUCUGAGACGACCCUCAAUGGGAACUACACAGACCUCAAGGCGCUGCCCAUCUCACCCGCCUCAGGCACGCCGCUAUUGGCUGUGCCACGGACAAAGAGCCACUCGGGCAAUGAGUUGAGGCUGUUCUUCAGGAGGGAGACGGACGGGCAGAUAGCCGUGUUCGAAAGAUCACCCGACUUUACUGCCGCAUACGACACGGACAGCGAGCCCGCGCUACCAUUCGGAACGGUCGGCGAGGAGAGCAAUAUUGCUGGAUUCACGACGGCGCGGUCCGCGGGCACGAGCGACUUGAAUACUAUGAUUUUGCUACAGGACGUCCCUAGUGGCGACGUAACAUACACAUGGGCAGGUGAUUCGGCCGGAUGGCAGGACACGGCAACGGAUCCUGUCUUUGAGGGAGCCGACGCAGGUGGAUUGUCGUGCCUAACAGCCGCGACGACAUGGGACGGCUAUGGGGUCAAACCGCUGGAGGUCUCGAAUGACAUGAACAAGUGCUACUUUGUCGUGGAGGGAAGGAUCAAGGAAUCCGCCAUGGCGAGGACGUUGGGCAUCGCAGCGGUGCUCCUGCUCGGCCCCGCCACGGCACUCGGAGCUCUCCAUGCGACGUCACCAACUGCAAACACCACGAGCGGACUCAUCAUCGGCCAUGCUGCGCCAAAUCGGUCAGAGGUGACCGAAUUCCUCGGCAUCCGCUACGCAGAGCCGCCUGUGGGGGACCUCCGGUUUGCUCCACCCAAGCGGUACAACGCCCCAGCCGGCACUGUUCAUAAUGCUUCGGAUUGGGGCGCGGAUUGCCUGUCGAACAAGCCGCCGGUCAGCCCGUUCCCAAACUUCUCGGAGCCCUCAGGCUUCCGUGUGUGGAACAUGUUUGCUGCGCAGACGGGCAACCCUUCAAGCGAGGACUGCCUCAGUUUGAACAUCUGGACCAAGACACCGAACAAUUCGGCGAAGAAGCCUGUGCUCAUCUGGUUCCACGGUGGACGCUUCCAGAUACCUGGCCCGCACAGUCCAUUCUAUAACGGCCAGUAUUUAUCAUCCGCCGAAGAUGUUGUUGUCGUGACACCAAACUACCGUCUGGGAAUAUUUGGCUUCUCAGGGGCACCCGGCUUGGCACAGAACGCAGCUCUUCGAGACCAUCGUUCUGUGGUGGAGUGGGUGCGCGACAACAUUGCCGGCUUUGGCGGUGACCCUUCCCGCAUAACAACAUUCGGGCAGAGUGCAGGAGGCGCGGCAUCCGGAACAGCACUCAGCUUCAACCCUAACACCAAGGAGUACGCUCAGUCCAUCUUCUUCAACGUCUCCCAGGCCAUCGGGUGCGGCGGCGCAGAUGACGAGGCCGCCACGGUAGUGAGUUGCGUCCGGCAAGCAAAUGCCUCUGCGAUCUUGGCGGCCGCCGCAAAGGCACCCGCCUUGCCCUCGCUAGCUCUCGCCCAAGCUACCUUUCACCCGACCGUUGACGAUGAGCUCGUGUUCUCGGACUACGAGGCAAGGGCACGCAACGGGUCAUUCGCACGCAUCGCAUAUCUCCUGGGCAACACCGAUUUCGAGUCGGGGUGGUACAAGCUGUCUGCUUAUGCAGCAAAGUUGAACCUCACCGAGGCGCAGUGGGAUCUCUACAACCAGCGCGCCUUCACGUGUCCAACAGGUGCGCAGGCGCGAUACCGGACUGAGCAACGUGUCCCCACCUGGAGGUACAGAUACCACGGCGAGUGGGACAACCUGAGAUUGUACAACUCCACGGCUGGGCUGGGGCCUAGAGGCAGCGGUGCGUAUCAUGGAUCCGAUGUUGAGAUGGUCUUUGGGACGGGACGGGAUGUUUCGCUGGUGGAGAACUCAGAGCGGGAGGACGCGGUGUCUGCGUACAUGAUGGGUGCGUGGGCUUCUUUCGCGAGGGACCCAGCCCAAGGUCUGCUGAGCUAUGGAUGGCCUGCAUAUGAUCCGACGGCCGACACGCUGGCACAGCUGGCUCUCAACGGCAGCGCGGAACCGCGGUUCAUUGACCCAAGUGUGGUUGACAGUCCUUGCCCGGAGGCCAACGAUCCUUUGCCUGGACAAGGGGCUUUCUAA